CACUUGAAGUUGGUACACCAUUAAAUGAUUGGACUAACAUUAAAUAUCAAGCCAAUAUUUGUUUGAAUGGACUAUCCAAAUUAAGCAUCAACAAACACCAAUUAAUAGGAGAAAAGGUUUCACCAGAAGGAACUUUGGGAGCUAUAAGAGAACUAAAAAAAAUUUUAAGCAGGCCUAAAAAUGAAGAAUUUGAAAUAUAUUUAUUUGAUGAUCCUAUUGACAGCACCAGUUCAGACAAUAUUGAUGAUCUAAUUAGAUUCAUGAAUAAAGGAAUUCCAAAAAGAAAAAAUUCAGAAAGAGAUAUAGAUAUUUUCAUGUUUAGCAUGGACUGGCAUUUAAUUGUUAAAAAAUCAAUGGCAAUUUAUAAAUUGAUGAUUGAUAGAGCAGAAAAAGAAAAGUUUUCUGAAAAUAAAAUUUUAAUAAUUGAGCAUGAAGAACAAACUACACCAAAAAAACUCAAGACCACUAACAAUGUUAAAGCUUAA